AUGGUAAAAAAAACUGAGCAUCAUUGGGCCCCAAAAAAUUCAAGACCAUAAAAAACAAAAUGAAGUCAGAGUGUUGGCUGUUAAAUCCUUGGUUUCUGUGAGCCGCUGUAGAUCAACACGACCCAAUAAUCCCACUAAAGAAAUCUCCGGACACCCUUUUUUGGUAGCAAUGGAGGCCUCUUUGCUUGCUGUUCCUCCUCGAGAACUUGGCGCCCAAGGCUUCCAGGUCUCAGCACUAGGCCUAGGAUGUUCAGGACUUUCAGGGGCAUAUGGUGACUAUGCUUCAGAGGAAGAUGCAACUGCUCUAUUCCAACAUGCUUUCAAUAAGGGGGUCACGUUUUUUGACACUGCAGAUAUCUAUGGCAAUUUUACAAAUGAAAUAUUAGUUGGGAAGGCACUAAAAUGUUUACCUAGAGAGAGUAUUCAGAUUGCAACAAAAUUUGGUUGGCAUUUGGAUGGUAAUGGAAAAUUUGGAAUAAAGGGCACUGCAGAGCACAUUAGACAGGCUUGUGAAGCUAGCCUCCAGCGUUUGGGCACGGAGUACAUCGACUUAUACUACCAGCACCGUGUAGACACACAAGUUCCAAUAGAGGAAACUGUAGGGGAAAUGAAGAAGCUUGUCCAGGAAGGGAAAAUAAAGUAUAUUGGACUCUGUGAGGCUAGUGUAGAUACAAUAAGAAGAGCUUAUGCAGUGCACCCUAUUACUGCAGUACAGUAUGAAUGGUCCUUAUGGUCUCGGGAGAUUGAAGAAGAAAUAAUUCCUACAUGCAGAUCACAUUAUUGCAAUCUGAAGGAACAUCAAUUGUUCCUUUUUCUCACUAGGGAACUAGGCAUUGGAAUAGUGCCCUAUAGUCCAUUGGGUCGUGGUUUUUUCUCUGGAAAGGUUUUCAAAGCGACGACCUAUGAGAACACACGGUGGAGUUUUAUGUCAAGGUUUAAGCCAGAAAAUCUGAAGAAGAACGAAAUUUUAUAUGAACGUGUCUCUAAUAUUGCAAAGAAGCAUAAUUGCACACCAGCUCAGCUAGCUUUGGCAUGGGUUCUCCAUCAAGGAGAUGAUGUUGUACCCAUUCCAGGAACAACUAAAACGAAGAAUUUGGAUGAUAAUAUUGCAUCAUUGAGUAUAAAGCUUUCAAAGAGGGAUCACGAUGAAAUUUCAAAUGCAGUCCCAGAAAAUGAAAUUGCGGGUUUAAAAAGUACCGAGGAGGAUAAAAGCUCAUGGAAAUUUGCCUUUACACCUCCAUGUGCAUGAGCAUGCUUGAAGUUUAUCGUCCAUUACAAGUACAUCUGUUAAAAUACAUUUAUUGCAUUACCAACAUAUAGAUCUUGACAUGUUCGAGGCAUCAACAGUCGUUGAUCAUCUGACUCAUAGUCAAAUAUUGUUUAAGUGUAUCUUGACAGUUCUACUAGUUGUUUUUGUGACUUUGUAAUACAUUUCACAUGGCCAGAUUAAAAGAAGAGAAUGAUAGAUAGAUGGUGCUGGUUCGAGUUUUUGAAUACACACUCAUUUAUCAGAAUAUAUGUUCUUGGACAGGAUGAAUGAACAUAUAUGAAUAAAUGUUGAAGAUUGAUUGAUAUGGCUCAAGUUCAGGAGAUUUAGAAUGUAUGCCACAACAAAACCUUGAUAUAAAUUGGUUUUGUUAGAUUCUGGAACUCUGGGUUCCUGUACGUAAAAAGAUGAAGUGAAUUUUUGUUCUAAGACGAGUUUUAAGAAUUUUGGCAUGAGACCAUAGUGCAGGAAUUGCUUAGUGUUAAGACCAAAGUUUUAAAGUAGGUGAGUACCCCUGAUUGCAAAAGUGUCAAACGGGUACUUUUUAAGCCAAGGGUUUGACUAUUUGAACUGUAUCUCAACAAUUUUUCUGACUAUAUGUAAUUUAAAUUUAUUUUUUGUGCU